AUGGCUGCGUCCUCCGCUGACGAGGCGGACAGACCCCCCAGUGAAGCAAGUCGGAAACGACGGUAUCCUCCUGACGUAUCUUCCUCUGACCCUGUGCCCGUUCACGAGAUCGUUCAGCCAUUCCAUGAUCUGGGCCUUUCAGCACGGAGCUUGCCCGAUGAGUUGCCGAGCCGCGAUCCCUCGCGGCCUAUGUCCGCACACAGUUCCUCGCACUCCAGAUUUAGUAGUCCCGGGUUGGAUAGGCAUACCGAUCCCUAUGGAAGCGACUCGGCGCUCGAAUAUCCUCCCUCUGAAGUCUCUUACGGGCACAGCCCCAGUCGAUAUGCGGAAGAAGGACCAGAGCUCCUCGAGGAACUAGGGGCAUCGCCAAGGACGACUUCAAGCAAUGAAGAGGUAUCGGAGUACGACCCCAACAGGUGGCAAGAAUAUGCUCGGCCUGAGGGACAGCAGUUCCGUUGUACCUGGGUCACAAUACAAGAGGGCGUUGAGGCAACAUGUACAUAUGUAUCUCGGAAGCAUCUGGUGAAACGGCAUAUCCAGACGACUCAUAUGAAGAUCAAGAAAUGGAAAUGUAACUGGUGCGGGAAAGCCUUCCCUCAGAAAGGCUCCUUGGACAAUCAUAUUCAUACUCACACCGGCGCGAAGCCUCACGCAUGUCGAUUCGGCUGCGGUGAGACGUUUAACGACCCCGCUCGAAGGCAUCGGCACAUGAUAGAGAAACAUGGCUAUAUGCCGAGGCGGUCGACAAGGAAACGAAAGCCAGAAUACGAAGUCAAUGAUUUGGCGCAGUACGAAUCCGUGCAUCCCUGGCGUCUAAGGGACUCCCCGGAACAACCGGCUUCGUAG